AACGGACGGCGAUAUCAAUCCUACCGAACAGGGGCGCAUUUUAUCCCCAAUGAUGAACAUGAGCAGGACCGUAUGGACCUGACCCAUCACAUCUACAUGCUACUCACGGGCGGGAAUUUGUAUUUCGCCCCGAUAAGUAAUCCGCGACGGGUUCUCGACCUCGGCACAGGGACGGGCAUCUGGGCGAUUGACUUCGCAGACCAACAUCCAAACUCAUUUGUCAUCGGAAACGACCUCAGUCCAAUCCAACCAUCAUGGCUCCCCCCUAACCUCAUCUUCGAAGUGGACGACUUUGAAAGCGAAUGGGCCCACACAGGAAAGUUCGACUUCAUUCACAGCCGCGAGAUCGAAGGAAUGGUCAAGGACUUUGACCGACUCUUCGAGCAAGCCUUUGACGCCCUAAACCCAGGCGGCUGGCUUGAGUUCCAGUCCAUCGAGCUCGCGCGCCGCUGCGACGAUGACUCGUACCACCUCGCCGCCGCCUUCGACCGCUGGCGUGACCUCGUCCAUAGCGCCGCCCAGGGCUUCGGCAAACGCUUUGAUACCAUCCACUCCUGGCCGGAUAGGAUGAAACGCACGGGCUUUACCAACGUGCGCCGUGAAAUCCUCAAUCUCCCCUUUAGUCCAUGGCCAAAGGACCCCAAAUUAAAAGAACUGGGCCGGUACCAGCAAAUCAAUCUGUUACAGGGAAUGGUCUCGUACAGUCUCUUCCUCUUCACCAACGUCUUAGGCUGGAGUCAGGCGGACGUCUACGCCCUGCUCGUCGAUGUGCAGGCCGUGCUGCGGAACCCGGCGGUGCAUUUCUAUACCCGUGUGCACUUCGUAUAUGGUCAGAAACCAUACUAG